AUUUUGGGUCUGUUUGAUAGAGGUGUUCAGAUGCUCUUAACCACUGUGGGAGCAUUCGCUGCAUUCAGUUUAAUGACAAUUGCUGUGGGCACAGACUACUGGUUAUACUCCAGAGGGGUCUGCAAGAGCAAAUCUAUAAGUGAAAAUGAAACCAGCAAAAAGAAUGAAGAAGUCAUGACCCAUUCUGGAUUGUGGAGAACAUGUUGCCUUGAAGGUAAUUUUAAGGGCGUGUGCAAACAGAUUGACCACUUUCCAGAGGAUGCAGAUUAUGAAGCAGACACUGCCGAAUAUUUUCUCCGGGCUGUGAGGGCUUCCAGUAUAUUUCCUAUCCUAAGUGUAAUCCUGCUCUUCAUGGGAGGGCUUUGCAUCGCUGCCAGCGAGUUCUACAAAACACGACACAAUAUCAUAUUAAGUGCUGGAAUCUUCUUUGUGUCUGCAGGCCUGAGCAACAUCAUUGGAAUCAUUGUCUACAUAUCAGCCAAUGCGGGUGAUCCUUCCAAAAGCGACUCAAAGAAAAACAGCUACUCAUAUGGCUGGUCUUUUUACUUUGGGGCCCUUUCCUUCAUUAUUGCUGAAAUGGUGGGAGUGCUUGCUGUUCACAUGUUCAUUGACCGCCACAAACAACUGAGGGCCACAGCACGGGCCACGGACUACCUCCAGUCCUCUGCAAUCACUCGCAUUCCGAGCUAUCGCUAUCGUUAUCAGAGGCGUAGCCGCUCCAGUUCCCGGUCUACGGAGCCAUCCCACUCCCGUGAUGCCUCUCCUGUGGGCCUUAAGGGCUUCAACACCCUUCCCUCCACUGAGAUCUCCAUGUACACGCUGAGCCGCGACCCCCUCAAGUCGGCUGGGACCCCUACGGCCACUUAUAACUCCGAUAACAGCUUCCUCCAAGUUCAUAACUGUAUACCCAAAGAUAAUAAGGACUCUGCGCACACCAACACAGCCAACCGCAGGACCACCCCAGUAUGAAACAGGAUGGAGCAAGAGAAGAAAGACAAAGAGGGAUAGAACAAAGAGGGUCAGAAAGUUAAAGUAGUGUGGUCCAGAAAUCAGGAUCUGUGUAUCAAGCUUUUGGCUGUCAUUUUAAUCAACAAGUGACCUCUUUUGGUUCUAAGUUAAGUUCCAAAACUAGUCUUUCCAUUUCUACACAGGCACCACAACAUUUAAACAAUAAUUUAAAAAAA